AGCCUCCUCCGUAGCCUCGCCACUCGCCUCUCGCCACUCCCCCCUCUCCCCCUCGCACCCCAAGAAGACGACGAGGGCAAGCCGCGGCCGCCGCCGUAGCCGCCACCGGGGGGGUUCCGUCUCUCCGAGGUGACCAUGUCCACGGCCACGAGGAAGCGUCCCCGGAACAGCGGCUCCGCGUCCCGGACCCGGAGCAGCGGCGGCGGCGGCUCCGCGUCGUCGCCGUCGCCGUCCGCGAUGCGGCGGACCACGAGCCUGUCGAACCUCGCGCCGCCGCAGGAGACGGUGGCCGGGCUCCUCGCGCCCGCGCGGACGGCGAUGGGCGAGGCGUCCGCGGCGGGGCCGGGGGCGGGGGCGUCCGUGUGGGGCGCCAGGAUGAGGCGGCACUCGGCGUCGGCGGACUGCGUCACCGUGCCGGAGGCGGCGUUCCUCAAGACCUGCUGGCUCUGCAAGAGCGGCCUCGGGCCCGGACGCGACACCUUCAUCUACAUGGGUGAGGUGGCCUUCUGCAGCCAGGAGUGUAGGCAGCACAAGAUGAACCUCGAUGAGCUCAGGGAGAAGAAGUGCUCCACUCCGGGCGGGGGCGGAAGCGGUGGUGGUUCAGACCAGUCCGGCAAAAGCAGCACCAUAGCGGCUGCAUAGCAUGGUCAGAGGGGGGGGGGGGGGGGGGGGGGAUCAAGAAUUUUUUUUGGAAGCCUUGUACAGGGCCCAAAUGCAUUAGUCUGCAUCAGCAUAUGUAUAUCCUAUAUUUGUGGAUUUACUGUAUGUAUAUUGGUGGGAAGGGAAAGGGUGUAGAGAUCGGAACUGGGCAUGCAUGUCUGCAAUAGGUUUGCAAGGCAUCUGCGGCUGUGGGGAUGUAUCUGUUGAAUCCUGGUGCAGAUUAGGACUUGGGAUCUGCUCCUGUUUUGUCAAAUUUUCCUGAAGGAAGAACAUAAGUGUCGUGGUGCUGCAAA